AACUCCAGUGGGAGAAACUGGGGCUCCAGCUUGGCAGAUUUCUGGGCCCGUGUGUUCCCUGGGUGUUCAGGUCCCAGGGGAGCCACUGUCCGACUGGCCUUGCUGUCCUGCCCCUCUGAAGGCCGACGAGUUCACCAUUGAGUCCGUCACCAUGCGGAAGGUGAGGCGGGUGCGAAUCCGACACGACGGCCUCGGUGGGAGCAGCGGCUGGUUCCUGGAGCGGGUGCUGGUGAGAGAGGAGGGGCAGCCCGAGAGCGACAACGUGGAGUACCCGUGUCUCAGGUGGUUGGACAAAGAUAAGGACGAUGGGCAGUUGGUCCGAGAGCUGCUGCCCAGUAACAGCAACGCGACACUGAAGAACUACCGUUACCACAUCAGCUUGAAGACGGGGGACAUACCUGGGGCCAGCACGGACUCCACAGUGUACAUCAAGCUCUAUGGGGACAAAUACGACACCAUCAAGCAAGACCUUCUCGUCUCUGACAACAACCUGAAAAACUAUUUUGAACGUAGCCGGGUGGAUGAGUUCACCCUCGAGACCCUGAACAUUGGAACUAUCAACCGGGUGGUGAUCGGGCACAACGGCGCGGGCAGGCGUGCCGGCUGGUUCCUGGGCAGCGUGGAGAUCCGCGUGCCCCGCCAAGGCAAGAAGUACACCUUUCCCGUCAACCGCUGGGUGGACAAGAACAAGGCUGACGGGCGCCUGCAGGUGGAGCUCUAUCCCAGCGAGAUCGUGGAGAUCCAGAAACUGGUCCACUACGAGAUUGAGGUUUGGACGGGGGAUGUGGGCGGUGCAACCACCACUGCCCGAGUCUACGUGCAGAUCUACGGCGAGAAAGGCAAGACAGAAGUGCUCUUCCUGUCCAGCCGCUCGCGAGUCUUUGAGCGAGCAUCUAAGGACACGUUCCAGCUCGAGGCGGCUGACGUGGGGGAGGUCUACAAGAUCCGCCUGGGACACACUGGCGAGGGCUUCUCGCCCAGCUGGUUUGUGGACAUGCUGUGGCUGCGGCAACUGGUGGUGCAGGAGGUGGAGCUCACGCCCGAGGAGGAGGCCCUGAAGAAGAAGGAGGAGAACAAGCUGCGGCAGCAGCUCAAGAAAGAGUGGCUGAAGGCCAAGCUGCAGAGGAAGAUGAAGAGGAAGCAGAUGAAGAAGGGCAGUGAUGAGGAGGGUGAGGGGGAUGAGGAGGAGGAGUCUUCGUCGGAGGAAUCCUCAUCUGAAGAGGAGGAGGAGGAGGAGACCGAGGAGGAGGAGGAAGAGGAGGAGUUCGGGCCAGGAAUGCAGGAGGUGGUUGAGCAGUACAAGUUCGACGUCAACCGCUGGCUGGCCUGGGGCAAGGAAGACAGCGAAAUUGUGCUGGAGCUGGCGCCUUCUGGCCGGUCGGGUCCUCAGCUCAACACCUAUGAGGUCCAGGUGAUCACAGGGAAAGUAGCCAACGCUGGCACCAGUGCCAAUGUCUACGUGACCAUCUACGGGGAGGAGUAUGGGGACACGGGCGAGCGGCCGCUGAAGAAGUCAGACAAGAGCAGCAAGUUUCAGCCGGGGCAGACAGACACCUUCAUCGUCUAUGCCAUUGAGCUGGGGCCCCUGACCAAGAUUCGGAUUCGCCAUGACAACGCGGGCAACAAAUCAGGCUGGUUCCUGGAGAGAGUAGACAUCACCGACACAAACAACGAGACCACGUACUACUUUCCAUGCCAGCGCUGGCUGUCAGUGGAGGAGGACGAUGGCCAGCUCUCCAGGGAGCUGUUGUCAGUGGAUGAGUCCUAUGUGCUGCCACCGGAGGAGGACGACGAGGGUGGGGGUGGUGGUGACAACAACCCCCUCGACAACAUGGGCCUGGAGCAGAAAGACAAAUCGACCACAUUCUCAGUGACCAUAAAGACUGGAGACAAGAAGAAUGCGGGCACAGAUGCCAAUGUCUUCAUCACACUCUUUGGCACAGAAGACGACACUGGAAUGAGCCUCUUGAAAGCCUCCAAGGUCAACAGUGACAAGUUCGAGAGGGACAGCAUCGACAUCUUCACCGUGGAGGCGCUGGGCCUGGGAGAUCUGUGGAAAGUCAGGAUCGGCCAUGACAACACAGGCAAGGCUCCAGGCUGGUUCGUAGACUGGAUAGAGGUGGACGCCCCGUCUCUUGGGAAGUGCAUGACGUUCCCCUGUGGCCGCUGGCUGUCGAAGAAUGAAGACGACGGGGCCAUCGUCAGGGACCUCUUCCACGAGGAGCUGCAGACGAGGCGGUACACGCCAUUUGUCCCUUACGAGAUCACCAUCUACACCGGCGAUGUCUUUGCUGCUGGGACCAACGCCAACAUCUUCAUCGUCAUCUAUGGCUGCGAUGGCCUGUGCACCAAGCAGAAAUUCCUAUGCACCAACAAGAGGGAGCAGAAAAUGUACUUUGAGAGGAAGUCUGCCUCCCGCUUCAUCAUGGAGUUAGAAGACGUGGGAGAAAUCAUUGAAAAAAUACGGCUGGGCCAUGAUAACACAGGCAUAAACCCCGGGUGGCACUGUGCCUACGUGGAAAUCCGCAGGCUCCUCCCAGACAAAGAUGGCACAGAGACUGUGACUUUCGCUUGUGAUCGAUGGCUUGCCACCUCGGAGGAUGACAAGAAGACUAUCCGAGAACUGGUUCCUUUUGACGUCUUCACUGAGAAAUACAUGAAAGAUGGGUCCUUAAGGCAAAUCUACAAGGAAGUGGAGGAGCCACUGGACAUCGUGCUGUACUCGGUGCAGAUCUUCACAGGAAAUGUUCCCGGGGCAGGGACGGAUGCCAAGGUCUACAUCACCAUCUACGGGGACCUGGGAGACACCGGGGAGCGGUACCUGGGCAAGUCAGAGAAUCGCACCAACAAGUUCGAGAGAGGAACGGCCGACACCUUCAUCAUCGAGGCCGCCGACCUGGGCGUCAUCUACAAGAUCAAGCUCCGCCACGACAACACGAAGUGGUGCGCGGACUGGUACGUGGAGAAGGUGGAGAUCUGGAACGACACCAACGAGGACGAGUUCCUGUUCCUGUGCGGGCGCUGGCUGUCGCUGAAGAAGGAGGACGGGCGGCUGGAGAGGCUCUUUUACGAGAAGGAGUACACUGGGGACCGGAGCAGCAACUGCAGCAGCCCGGCCGACUUCUGGGAGCUCGCCAUGAGCUCCAAGAUGGCCGGGGUCGACGUGGACACAGUGACCGGGAUUAUGGCCAACUACGUUCAGGACGGCCUGGUCAUUCCCUACUAUGUGUCAGUCACCACUGGGAAGCACAAGGACGCAGCCACCGACAGCCGGGCCUUCAUCAUCCUCAUUGGGGAGGACGAUGAGGUCAGUAACCGCAUCUGGCUGGACUACCCCGGAGACAAGAAGGGCUUCAGCUGCGGCUCCGUGGAGGAGUUCUACGUCGGAGGCUUGGAUGUCGGCGUCAUCAAGAAGAUAGAGCUGGGCCAUGACGGGGGGUCCCCUGAGAGCUGCUGGCUGGUGGAGGAGCUGAGCCUGGCUGUGCCGACCCAGGGCACCAAGUACACGCUACGCUGCAAUUGCUGGCUCGCCAAGGACCGAGGUGAUGGCGUCACCUCCCGGGUCUUCGACCUCCUGGAUGCUACGGUGGUGAACAUCGGGGUGAAGGAGCUCUACGAAAUGACUGUGUGGACGGGAGACGUGGUCGGCGGUGGCACCGACUCCAAUAUCUUUAUGACCCUCUAUGGCAUCAACGGAAGCACAGAGGAAGUGCAGCUGGACAAAAAGAAAGCCAGGUUUGAGAGGGAACAGAAUGACACCUUCCUCAUGGAGAUCCUGGACAUCGCUCCAUUCACCAAGAUGCGGAUCAGAAUUGACGGCCAGGGCAGCCGGCCCGAGUGGUUCCUGGAGAGGGUCCUGCUGAAAAACAUGAACAGUGGAGACCUGACCAUGUUCUACUACGGAGACUGGCUCUCCCAGCGGCAGGGCAAGAAGACCCUGGUGUGUGAAAUGUGUGCCGUCAUCAAUGGGGAGGAGAUGAUGGAGUGGACUUCCUACACCGUCUCAGUUAAGACCAGUGACAUCCUGGGUGCGGGCACCGAUGCCAACGUGUUCAUCAUCAUCUUUGGGGAGAAUGGGGACAGCGGGACCCUGGCCCUGAAGCAGUCAGCCAACUGGAACAAGUUUGAGCGGAACAACACAGACACGUUCAACUUCACUGACAUGCUGAGCCUGGGUCACCUCUGCAAGCUGAGGGUCUGGCAUGACAGCAAAGGGAUAUUUCCAGGCUGGCACCUGAACUACAUUGAUGUGAAGGACAACUCCCGGGACGAGACCUUCCGCUUCCAGUGUGACUGCUGGCUCUCCAAGACAGAGGGCGACAGGCAGACAGUCCGAGACUUUGCCUGUGCCAACAAUGAGAUCCACGAUGAGCUGGAGGAGACCACCUACGAGAUCGUCAUAGAAACGGGCAAUGGAGGUGAAACCAGGGAGAACGUCUGGCUCAUCCUGGAGGGCAGGAAGAACCGAUCCAAAGAGUUCCUCGUGGAAAAUUCUUCUAGACAGCGGGCCUUUAGGAAGGGGACCACAGACACAUUUGAGUUCGACAGCGUCUACUUGGGGGACAUUGCCGCCCUCUGCGUGGGCCACCUUGCCAGGGAGGACCGCUUCAUCCCCAAGAGAGAGCUGCUCUGGCACGUCAAGACCAUCACCAUCACGGAGAUGGAGUAUGGCAAUGUGUACUUCUUUAACUGUGAUUGCCUCAUCCCCCUCAAGAGGAAGAAGAAGUACUUCAAGGUGUUCGAAGUCACCAAGACGACUGAGACCUUUGCCAGCAAGGUCCAGAGCCUGGUGCCGGUCAAGUAUGAGGUCAUCGUGACGACAGGCUACGAGCCGGGGGCCGGCACCGAUGCCAACGUCUUUGUGACCAUCUUCGGGUCCAACGGGGACACGGGCAAGCGGGAGCUGACGCAGAAAAUGCGGAACCUCUUCGAGCGGGGAAGCACCGACCACUUCUUCCUGGAGACGCUGGACCUGGGCGAGCUGCGCAAGGUGCGCGUGGAGCAUGACAGCAGCGGCUACUACUCGGGCUGGCUGCUGGACAAGGUGGAGGUCACCAACACCAGCACGGGGGUGGCCACCAUCUUCAAGUGUGGCAGGUGGCUCGACAAGAAGCGGGGAGACGGGCUCACCUGGAGAGACCUCUUCCCUGCCGUCUGAGGGGCUGGAGCGCCCCCACCUCACCUUCCUGCCCUGCACGGUGGCUUCCAGCCGUCUUCUCCCGCAGCCCCCCAGAGCUGGGCCCGGGGACCAGAGGGUGGCACGUGGCACUGUGGAGCAGAGCCUCACGGUCCUUCAGAGGCCACUCUGGGCGACUCCUAGUGGGUCCUGCCCCUCCCCAGUCUCCUGGACCUACAGGAAGCCAUCAGCCUGUGUCACCAUCUGUGGCUGCACGAAAACAGCUCUUUGCACUUUCUUCUCCAGUCACAGCAGUGGCCAGGCUGACACUUGCUUCCGGUGUGGAUGGGGCACCGGGGCUUCUCCCAGAGAAUCGAAGUGGUGAAAAAGACGCCAUCGAGACAGUGUAUUUUAAGCAAAAGUUAAUUAACACUUUUCUCCCCCCAAAGCUGGGCUCAUUACAUUAUUACCAACCACACUUCACAAAGAGCUCAUCUUGACCUCUGCUCACUAAAAAUGCACCCUUCCCCCAGUUUCAGUAAAUCCAGUGCAAAUAAAGGAAGACAUCAGGAGGAAGCAUUUGUACCAGGGGGACUGAUGAGUCUGUGAAAAGGCACGUGAUUCUUUCCACCACUUCCCAGAGAACUGGUGGCCACGAGCCUGCCAGUUGCCCAGCCUGUGAUAACACAGCUGAGACCCGAGCAGAAGGCGGUGGGUGCCUGGAACAGCCUGGUUGCUGCUGUGUUCCGCUGGGGAGGGGAGAAGAGGGCUUCAGGGUUAUUUACACCUCUUGCGGGGGGCUCUCUGUGGGCAAGUGGACCGAGAGCUGCUCUCAAGGGGGUCGUGACCUCAAUGAAGGGGCAGCAGGAGAGCGGCACACUCGUGUGCCUGUGCACCCCUCCCCCCGCCCCCACACUCCCUGACUGACAGUCCCAAAGGGACCAGACGUGGCUUCACAAGAGUGCAGCAGGACGGAGCACCCCACCGCUGCUUCCCCUGCAGCGGGGUCCUGAGUGGGCGGGCUCAUCAGGCCCGUGGGAGGGCACCCCGGGAAGGGCUUCUGCCACCCAGCUGUGUGCCCUGUGCCCUCUAGCCAUACAGGUGUAAAUGCUUAGCAAGACUUCAUGGCUCUGUGGCAGGUUUCGGGAAGCCUGGGAGACUCUUGGAGAGCUGCCAAAGUUGAAAGCAUAGGCUGGGGGAGCAGCCUGCCUGGGCGUGAGUGCCUGCUCCCCCUCUCACUGGCCAGGGGAGCUGGGCCGGGGUAUCCCACCUCUCAGGCCUCAGCCGCCUCACCUGUGACAUGGCGAAUGCUAGUCCCUACCUCGUAGGUAAUUAUGAGGGCUACCUGCGCUGAUACGCAGACAGUUUUAAUUCAGUACUUGCACUGAAGAGUGAGUGUGUCCAUCAUGCCGAACAAGCAGGGCUCGGGGGAGCCGUGCCGUGCUGGGGAGCAAUAAUCAUUAAACAGCUUCAUCGUGUCUUUUUCU